AUGGGCAAGAUCGAGAGCAACGAGAGGGUGAUCCUCAAUGUCGGGGGCACCAGGCACGAAACCUACCGCAGCACCCUCAAGACCCUUCCUGGGACUCGCCUGGCCCUUCUCGCCUCCUCUGAACCUCAGGGCGACUGCCUGACUGCCGCGGGGGACAAGUUGCAGCCGCUGCCCCCUCCGCUGUCUCCGCCACCGCGACCGCCUCCCUUGUCCCCUGUCCCCAGCGGCUGCUUCGAGGGCGGCGCAGGCAACUGCAGUUCGCACGGUGGCAAUGGCAGCGACCACCCUGGGGGAGGCCGCGAAUUCUUCUUUGAUCGCCACCCGGGAGUCUUCGCCUAUGUGCUCAACUACUACCGCACGGGCAAGCUGCACUGCCCCGCCGACGUGUGCGGACCGCUCUUCGAGGAAGAGUUGGCCUUCUGGGGCAUCGACGAGACAGACGUGGAGCCCUGCUGCUGGAUGACCUACAGGCAGCACCGGGAUGCGGAGGAGGCCCUGGACAUCUUCGAGACACCCGACCUCAUCGGGGGCGACCCUGGUGAUGAUGAGGACCUAGCGGCCAAGAGACUGGGCAUUGAGGAUGCUGCUGCGGGGCUGGGAGGACCAGAUGGCAAGUCUGGCCGCUGGAGGAAGCUGCAGCCUCGCAUGUGGGCUCUCUUUGAGGACCCUUACUCAUCCAGAGCCGCUAGGUUUAUCGCUUUUGCUUCUUUGUUCUUCAUUUUGGUUUCCAUCACAACCUUUUGCCUGGAGACACACGAAGCUUUCAAUAUUGUUAAAAACAAGACCGAGCCGGUCAUCAACGGCACCAGCGCUGUUCUCCAGUACGAAAUCGAAACGGAUCCUGCCCUGACCUAUGUGGAAGGAGUGUGUGUGGUGUGGUUUACUUUUGAAUUUUUAGUCCGUAUUGUUUUUUCACCCAAUAAACUUGAAUUCAUCAAAAAUCUCUUGAACAUCAUUGACUUCGUAGCCAUCCUCCCCUUCUACUUAGAGGUGGGACUCAGCGGGCUGUCUUCCAAAGCGGCCAAAGACGUGCUCGGCUUUCUCAGGGUGGUUAGGUUUGUGAGGAUUCUGAGAAUCUUCAAGCUCACCCGGCAUUUCGUAGGUCUGAGGGUGCUCGGACAUACCCUUCGUGCGAGUACCAAUGAGUUUUUGUUGCUGAUCAUCUUCCUGGCUCUGGGCGUUUUGAUAUUCGCUACAAUGAUCUACUACGCUGAGAGAGUCGGGGCUCAGCCGAACGACCCUUCAGCUAGUGAGCACACGCAGUUCAAAAACAUCCCCAUUGGUUUCUGGUGGGCUGUGGUGACCAUGACCACCUUAGGCUAUGGGGAUAUGUACCCCCAAACAUGGUCAGGGAUGCUGGUGGGGGCCUUGUGUGCUCUGGCCGGAGUGCUGACAAUCGCCAUGCCUGUGCCUGUCAUUGUCAACAAUUUUGGGAUGUACUACUCGUUGGCAAUGGCGAAGCAGAAACUUCCAAGAAAAAGAAAGAAGCACAUUCCUCCUGCUCCUCUGGCAAGCUCACCAACAUUUUGCAAGACAGAAUUAAACAUGGCUUGCAACAGCACCCAGAGUGACACAUGUCUGGGCAAGGAAAACCGGCUUCUGGAACACAAUAGAUCAGUGUUAUCAGGUGACGACAGUACAGGAAGUGAGCCGCCAUUAUCACCUCCAGAAAGGCUCCCCAUCAGACGCUCUAGUACCAGAGACAAAAACAGAAGAGGGGAAACGUGUUUCCUGUUGACGACAGGUGAUUACACGUGCGCUUCUGAUGGAGGAAUCAGGAAAGGAUAUGAAAAAUCCCGAAGCUUAAACAACAUAGCGGGCUUGGCAGGCAAUGCGCUAAGACUCUCUCCAGUAACAUCCCCCUACAACUCUCCGUGUCCUCUGAGGCGCUCUCGGUCUCCCAUCCCAUCUAUCUUGUAA